GUGAACGCGCAUGUCAGGAUCGCUGCAGAGAUCCUGCUGCCUCGGCUCUCACGAUUAAUCGUGAGGAUGGUGUUGACAGCUAAAGGGGACCAACAGUUAGCUUUGCAUGUUUAAAUACAUGCUGGGACCUCAUGAAAUUACAUUUACACGGGUCGAUAUCUAUUUCUCCGCAAGCUCGCCGUUUUGUGGAGGAAAAGGACACUGCCAGGCCAAGAAGGAGCGUAAAUGCUACUGAUGGAAUUCCCUGACGUUGCUAGAUGGAGAAACGGAAAGGGUGGACUUGUUUUAAAUAAUUAAAAAAAAUAGGGGGAAAAAGGGAACAUCUGCUGCUAAAAUAGAAAAAAAAUGCAUCUGCACCAAGUGCUGACGGGAGCUGUAAACCCUGGAGAUUGCUGCUACUCGGUGGGAUGCGUAAACGAUAUUCCUUUCACUGCUUACGGCUCAGGUUGUGAUGUUGUGAUCUUGGCUAGCGACUUUGACUGUGUUCAGAUCAUUCCUGGAGCUCAGAAUGGAAACAUACAGGUUGGCUGUGUGGAGUGCUCUCAACAGCUUGGCAGGAUUGCUGCAUCCUACGGAAACACAGUCUGCAUUUUUGAACCUCUUUCUACCAACCCAAAUAAACUCCACAAGAUUAACUAUCAGUGGCAAAAGACAGGACAGUUCUUCCUUGAUGCCAUCACCUACAACUUGGCCUGGGAUCCACAAGGGAACCGUAUCUUGGCAGCAACAGAGCGACUCCAGCUGUGGGCUCCACCAUCGAGAGAUGCCCUCAUAGAGGAGGAGGAUGGGCAGGUGAAUGAGGACCAGCCCCACCCAGUCCUUAGUGACUGGAACUGUGUCUGGCAGUGCAAGACUGCGGCGUCUGUUCACAUCGCCAAGUGGUCUCCUGAUGGGGAGUACUUUGCAACAGCUGGGAAGGAUGACUGCUUACUCAAGGUUUGGUAUCCCACCACUGGCUGGCGGUCCGCAGUGGUUGUCCAGGACCCGUCUGAUAAAAAGCCUUCUCCAGUUCAAUUUUCCUUUGUUUAUCUGGCCCAUCCUCGGUCGGUUACCGGCAUGUCCUGGAGGAAGACCAGCAAAUACAUGCCCAAGGGAUCUGUCUGCAAUGUGCUGCUGACGUCCUGUGAAGAUGGGGUGUGUAGAUUGUGGUCAGAAACCCUCCUACCAGAAGACAGUCUUCUUGGUGGGCAGAUCUCUGAUAACAGUCAGUCCUUCACCUCCAGCCUGCCAGGUCUGGCAGGCAAUAAAGACAAGAUCCAGCAUGCUUUGGAGUCAAUUCACCACCUUAAGCAGCUGCGCCGAGGCCGUCGCCGAUCUUCCGCUCUGGUAGCUCACAGUGACCUCCUUCCAUCUCAGCUUGGCACACAGGACUCCCACACCCACCGCCACAUAGCACAUCAUGCCAGUGCUCUCUGUCACUUUCAUAUCUCUGCUAGUAUUAACCCCAACACAGACAUCCCAUCAAUGCUAGCUGACUCUGGUUUGUUCAAUCCUGAAGAUAGCACAGGUGGUGGAGGUUUCAUGGUUCACUGGCUCAACAAUAAAGACCUCAGUUUCACUUCCUCUAUGGACCUCUUUAUGAUGCAGCUUCGAAAGUUCUCUGAACAGCAGUUGGAUCAAACAACUGAGGAACCUGUGGAACCUGGGGGAUCCCCAUUAAAGUUUGACUUUGACUUGGACGAAAUGUCUGACAAAGCUUCAUCGGAACACGGAGAAGAGGCAGAAUCGGGGGAGCAAGGAAGUAACAAAGCAUCAUCCCCUGGGUCCAGCUCCAGCAUGCCUUUGCCAUCGAUGCUGCUUGAAAGGAAGAUUGAGACUCUGACCACAGAAUGGAACAAAAGCCCUGACAUGCUGUUUACCAUCCAUCCCAUUGAUGGGUCCUUUCUUGUUUGGCACGUGAAGUACUUGGAUGAGUUCAACCAGGGAAUCUUCAGACAGGUUCAGGUGUCUUUCUCCUCGCGCAUUCCAGUAGCUUUCCCUGCAGGAGAUGCCAACUCUUUGAGUAAAAACAUCCUGAUGUACGCCUGCACUUUGACUGAAAGUGAGAGCGUCGGCACAGGCGAGCAGGGAAGAAUGGUCCAGCGUGUCUCACGCUCCGCCUCAGUCUCUGCCUGCCUGGGGUCACCUGCCGUCUCCCCCUCACCUAAACUCCGCCCUGGCAUUAGCCCCGCCGUCAUGAUGGUCUCCAAGCAUGUUGAUGGUUCUCUCAACCAGUGGGCGGUAACGUUUGCGGAGCGUUCUGGCUUCUCCAACGUACUGACUGUGUCUCACAAGUUUCGCUAUUGUGGCCAUCGUUUCCACCUGAAUGACCAAGCAUGUCACACAGUGCUGCCUUUGCUGCUGACGACCUCUCACCACAAUGCCCUGCUCACUCCGCCCUCAGCUCCCAGCAGCCUCGAAGGGGAGCAGCCUCCAACCUUUCCCCUACCAAAGGGACUUCCCAGGAAGCAACUCCGUAACGCUGCUACAAGGACCUUUCAUGACCCCAACGCCAUUUAUAGUGAAUUGAUUUUGUGGAGGGUAGACCACAUCGGACCCCUGUCGUGCACGGGGGGUGUUUCUGAACUGGCCCGUAUAAACUCCCUACACACCUCUGCGUUCAGCAAUGUGGCCUGGCUUCCUACACUGGUUCCCAGUUCUGUCCUUGGAACCUACUGUAACAGCGCCAGCGCCUGUUUUGUGGCAUCAGAUGGGAAAAACCUGCGUCUCUAUCAAGCUGUAGUGGAUGCCAGAAAACUACUGGAUGAGCUUUCUGACCCUGAAACAUCUAAACUGGUGGGUGAAGUGUUUAACAUAGUCAGCCAGCAGUCCACUGCCAGGCCUGGUUGUAUCAUAGAGCUGGAUGUUAUCACAAACCAGUGCAGCUCAAACACUCAGCUGCUGCAUGUUUUCCAAGAGGAUUUUAUUUUGGGCUACAAACCCCAGAAAGAGCCAGAAGCUUUAAUGCCACCUUUUCCAACAGGGGAAGAUUACCAACCUGCCCCAUUUUCUGAGAAAUUUUUUCUGGUGCUGAUAGAGAAGGAUCUCAACAGGAACUCUGUCCUGCAAAUGUGGCACCUGCACCUCAAGUCUGUACAAGCCUGUGUUGACGAGCCCAGCCCAGAUUAUAGCUUCCAGAGUCAACUUAUGGUUCCCAACCAAGCGAUGAAUGCUGAGUCGUCUCCAGAGACCUCCCCAGUCAGACCCCUGCCUCGCUCAACUUCCACAGCAAACCUGCAAUCAGCCAGCAAACUCAUCCUCAGCUCCAAGCUGGUGUAUAGCAAGCGGCUGGACCUGCCACAUGGAGUGGAGGUUACCAGGGCCACCCCCUCAGGAGGUCACCUGAGUUCUUCCUCUAUCUACCCUGUGUGCCUGGCUCCAUACCUGAUUGUCACAACUUGCUCUGAUUCCCGUGUGCGUUUCUGGCGCUGCGCGGUGGAGGGAGAUGAAGAGUGUGAUGAAGACAAACGGGACAACCGGGUGUAUGCCUGGGAACCUUGGGUCCUCAUGAAUGAGGAGGAGGACAACAACAACAGUGCGGUGUGUGUGUCGGGACGGCCUGUAGCUGUGUCCUGCUCGUACAUCGGCAGACUGGCAGUGGCUUUCAAACAGCCUCGGUCAGGACAGCCGCAUGGAUCUCUAGAGGACUUCUCUAUGCACGUGUCUAUCUAUGAGUGUGAGUCCACGGGUGGCUCUGAGUGGGUCUUAGAGCAAACUCUACACCUUGAUGACUUUGUCAGACCCUCAUCAACUCUGGAUUCAAGAGUCAGUGUGGAUUCAAACCUCUUUGUCUACAGCAGGUCUGACUUGUACAUGAGCAGAGACCACAGCUCACCCAACAUCAAGCACUUUGUGCACUUGGACUGGCUGUCAAAGGAGGAUGGAUCUCACAUCCUCACAGUCGGAGUCGGCUCCAACAUUCUCAUGUAUGGCCGCAUCUCUGGCGUGGUCAACGAGCAAACUAGCAGCAAGGAGGGCAUGGCAAUCAUUACCCUUCCUCUAGGGGGCAGUAUUAAACAGGGUAUCCGCUCUCGCUGGGUCCUGCUUCGAUCUGUGGACGUCCUGUCGUCGGUGGAUGGAACACCUUCACUACCGGUUUCCCUGUCUUGGGUGAGGGAUGGCAUCUUGGUGAUUGGUAUGGACUGUGAGAUGCACGUUUAUGCCCAGUGGCACCAGGAUAAGAAGCCUGGUGAGGGAGAGGAGGGCAAUGCAUCAUCUGUAGACAUUGCUGGAGGUCAAACCAUUGGCUCUUCCUCAGUCUCUGAAGGAAGAGCCAGGUCUAAAAGUGUUUUUGAGGGAAGUACCGGAGUGGAUGAGGCCCUUCGUGCCCCAGCUGGCCUACAGGAAGGAGGCCUGUUUGAAGCAGCCCACUCCUUGUCACCUACUCUCCCACAGUACCAUCCAACCCAGCUGCUGGAGCUCAUGGACCUGGGCAAAGUUCGUCGUGCCAAGGCCAUCCUCGCACACCUGGUAAAGUGUAUUGCUGGAGAGGUUGCUGUGGUGAGGGAUGUGGAGGCAGGGGAAGGCGGAGGCAGGAGGCAUCUGUCUCGCACCAUCAGUGUGACUGGCAGCACAGCAAAAGACACCAUUGUGAGUGGCCGUGAUGGAGGCAGGGACUACACAGAAAUCAACUCUAUCCCUCCUCUGCCGCUUUACUCGCUCAUGUUGGCUGAUCUGGAUACAUCGUACAAGACAGAGGAGCCUUCCAAAGGCUCGAAGGUGGCUGAUGGGGAUGCUGUUCAGAAGUCUGCAGAGGAUCAAUAUGCUGACCUUUUCCAGGUCCCGGCAGUCACCACGGAUGACUUUGUCAAUUUUGCCACUGAUAAACCAGAGAAAAAGUCUCGUGUGAUCAACCUCUCUCAAUACGGACCCACCUACUUUGGACCAGAACACGCUCAGGUGUUGUCCAGUCACCUCAUGCAUUCCAGCCUUCCAGGGCUGACCAGACUGGAGCAAAUGUUUCUUGUGGCCUUGGCAGAUACCGUGGCAACCACCAGCGCUGAGGUCACGAGCUCCACUGAGCAGCAGUAUACAAGUGCCGAGGCUCUUGAUGAGUGUGGACUCAGAUACCUCCUUGCCAUGCGUCUUCAUACAUGCUUACUUACCUCUCUGCCGCCGCUCUACCGUAUGCAGCUGCUCCACCAGGGGCUUUCAACAUGCCACUUUGCGUGGGCCUUCCACUCAGAGGCAGAGGAGGAGAUGCUGAACAUGAUUCCUGCCAUGCAGAGGGGCGACCCGCAGUGGUCUGAGCUCAGAGCCGUCGGAGUGGGAUGGUGGAUACGCAACAUCAAUACCUUGCGCAAAAUGGUGGAGAAGUUGGGUAAAGCUGCAUUCCAGAGGAACAACGACCCUUUAGAUGCUGCUUUGUUCUACUUGGCCAUGAAGAAGAAAGCUGUCCUGUGGGGACUCUUCAGGUCACAGCACGAUGAGAAGAUGACUCAGUUCUUCAAGAACAACUUCAAUGAGGACCGCUGGCGAAAGGCAGCUCUGAAAAAUGCCUUCUCCCUGCUGGGAAAGCAGCGCUUUGAGCAGGCGGCUGCCUUUUUCCUUCUCGCUGGGUCCCUGAAAGAUGCCAUAGAGGUGUUGAUUGAAAAGAUGGAGGAUCUCCAGUUUGCCAUGAUAGUAGCCAGGCUGUAUGAGGCUGACUUUGAGAGUUCGUCCACCUCCCAAGGCCUCCUCUAUGAGAAGGUUCUGGGCUGCAACAGGGAUGGGAGUGGCUACCACUGCUCCAGGCUGCACCCUGAUCCAUUCCUCCGCAGCAUCGCCUACUGGAUCAUGAAAGAUUACACCCAAGCCUUGGAUACUCUGCUGGAGCGCAUCCCCAAAGAGGAUGAUGAGAACCCCAAUGUGAUGGUGAAAGCUUGCAACCCCGUGGUGUUUAGUUUUUAUAACUACUUGAGGACACACCCCUUGAUCAUUCGCCGCCAUUUUGCCAAUCCGGAGGGCCCAACAUCAACUGUGGGUUUGACCGCUGAGAAGAGCGGAGCCGAUGAGAUCAACCUCAUAGAGCGCAAACUGUUCUUCACCACUGCCAACGCACACUUUAAGGUGGGGUGUCCGGUCCUAGCUCUAGAAGUCCUCUCCAAAAUUCCCAGGGUUAGCAAGAAAUGCAGCUCUUCCGCCCUCAGCAAAGCAUCAUCCAAGGUCAACGUAAAUGCAAACCAACCGUUGGAGAACGGCACCCAGGGAGGAAUGGACUGGAGCACCUCAGCAGCAUCCUCUCAUGCUUGGGGAGCAAAUGAGAGCUCUGGCGGGUUGGACUGGAGCCAGCUUGCAGUCAAAGUGAAAGAAGAUGAGCUGAAGCUGGACUGGGAAGAAGAUAAGGAUGCAGACGAUAUAGAGGACGAUGACGGUCUUACCAUGAAGAAAGCAGAGCCUGAGAACAAAGCAGGGGAGGGCCCCAAACUGCAAAAAGAAGACUCCCAGGCUGAGUCAGAGGUGGACGUGAUAGCAGAGCAGCUGAAGUUCCGUGCCUGUCUAAAGAUCCUCAUGACAGAGCUGCGCACCCUGGCCACCGGCUUUGAGGUGGAUGGAGGGAAGCUACGUUUUCAACUCUACAACUGGCUGGAGAAAGAGAUAGCAGCUAUGCAUAAGAUCUGCAACUACAAGGUGGAGGGGAAGGAGGAAGGCGCCGAGGUUGAUCGCUGGAGAGAUCGUACAGCAUCUGUGGACAUAUCCGAUGAAGCUUUUGAAAGUACAGAAGCAGGCGCUUACGAACGCCACCAGAUGGAGCGUCGGCGUCUUCAAGCCAAGCAGCAGCACUCUGAGAGGCGCAAGGCAUGGCUGAGGAAAAACCAGGCCCUGCUGAGGGUGUUUCUGUCCUACUGCAGCCUUCACGGAGCCAAAGGAGGGGGUGUCACCUCUGUCCGCAUGGAGCUGCUGUUCCUUCUGCAGGAGAGUCAGCAGGAGACCACAGUAAAGCAGUUGCAGUCUCCACUGCCUCUGCCCACAACACUGCCUCUGCUAUCAGCUUGCAUCGCCCCCACCAAGACCGUCAUAGCCAAUCCUGUUUUACAUCUCAGCAACCACAUUCAUGACAUCCUCCACACCUCCACCAUGAUGCUGGUCCCUCCACAUCCUAACUUCAUGGAUGAUCGGGUUAAUACUGUGCACACACUAGCAGCCUCCCUGUCUGCCUGCGUCUAUCAAGCCCUGUGUGACAGCCACAGUUACAGCAACAAUCAGACAGAAGCCAACCAGUUCACAGGGAUGGUUUACCAGGGUCUGUUACUCAGUGAGCGCAAACGGCUGCGCACAGAAAGCAUUGAAGAACAUGUAACCCCCAACUCUGCUCCUGCACAGUGGCCAGGCGUGUCCUCCCUGAUUUCUCUGCUGACGUCAGCACGGGAGGAGGACCAGCCCAGGCUGAACGUGCUCCUGUGCGAGGCGGUCGUGGCAGUGUACGUCUCGCUGCUCGUCCACGGCCUGGGCACCCACAACAGCAAUGAACUCUUCCGACUGGCAGCUCAUCCUCUCAAUAACCGCAUGUGGGCCGCGGUCUUCGGAGGAGGGGCAAAGGUCAUAAUUAAACCAAAGAGACCGGAGCCCCCUCCAGAUGACUUUAGGACAGCCAGGCCAGAGGAAUUCCAAGAAACAGGAAGACCCGAGCAGAGCAGCCUCACCCCAAACCCUUCUCCCACCCCCUCUGACCCCCUCAACCCAGCACCACCCACUGCUCCUGUUAUAAAGGGAGAGCAGCUGGGCACUGUGGCCCCGGCAACUCAGGCCAGCUCAACAGCUGUGCCCAACAAGGAGAGUUCAGAGGCGAAGGCUGAGCAACCCUCUGAGACUAGAUGUGAAGCAGAGCCUAAAGCAGAGGUAACCAUCCAGGAUAAUGGUGCAGCCCCCACUCAGGCGCCAGCAGAGGAUGUAGAUCGCCACAGGCGCAGAUUCAACAUGAGGAUGCUGGUUCCAGGACGCCCCGUAAAGGAGGCGCCAGCUACUCCGUCUCCCGUGCCCCCUGAGAGACCCACCUACAGAGAGAAGUUCAUUCCUCCAGAGCUCAGCAUGUGGGACUACUUUGUAGCUAAACCUUUCCUACCGCUGUCAGACAGCAGCGCUCUGUAUGACUCAGACGAAAGCGGCGCUGAGGAUGAUGAAGACGAUGAUGAUGCAUUCCUCUCUGACACGCAGAUAACAGAGCACUCUGAUCCCAACUCCUACAGCUGGGCUUUGAUCCGUCUGGUUAUGGUGAAACUGGCUCAUCACAAUGUGAAGAAUUUCAUCCCUCUCACUGGCGUUGACCUGACAGAUCUUCCAGUAUCUUCCCCUCUCUGCAAUGCUGUGUUGAAGACUUUAGAAAACUGGGAGCAGCUUCUGCUAGAAAGAAUAAGCAAGUUUGACGGGCCCCCUCCCAACUACAUCAACACCUACCCCACCGACCUGAGCGCCGGAGCCGGCCCCGCCAUCCUGCGCCACAAAGCCAUGCUGGAACCCGACAACACACCCUUCAAAACAAAGAACCAUCAGUCCUUUCCCGUUCGACGUCUGUGGUAUUUCCUGGUCAAACAGGAAGUCCUUCAGGAAACUUUCAUACGCUACAUCUUUACCAAGAAAAGGAAGCAAAGUGAGUCUUUAGAGAACCAUGUGGACCGUGUAAACCCAAACUGCAUAGCCGGAGCUAGCAAUCCCUAUAAGGUGGAGGCGGAUCUUGGUUACCCUGGAGGAAAAGCUAAAAUAAUUCACAAGGAAUCUGACAUAAUUAUGGCAUUUGCAAUCAACAAGGCUAACUCCAAUGAGAUAGUGCUGGCCUCCACCCAUGAUGUUCAGGAGGUGGACGUGUCUAACCUUGUGGCAGUCCAGCCGUACACCUGGAUAGGGGAGGACUUUGAUAAGGAGUCCUGCAGCUCGGACGACAUAGACCAUCGUUCCUCUCACACCAACAUCGCCCAGACAAGCUCCGUCUCCUUUGCUCCCCCCCCAAUGCCAGUUUCUGCUUCCAUGCCGUGGCUCGGCAGUGGUCAGACCAGCAUGGGGGCCAGUGUGAUUAUGAAGCGGAAUCUGAAUAAUGUGAAGAGAAUGACAUCCCAUCCCAUCUAUCAGUAUUACAUGACGGGUGCUCAGGAUGGCAGUGUGAGAAUGUUCGAAUGGAACAGACCUCAGCAGCUCAUUUGCUUCAGACAAGCCGGCAACGCCAGGGUCACUCGGCUUUAUUUCAACUCUCAAGGCAAUAAGUGUGGAGUUGCUGAUGGGGAGGGAUUCCUUAGUCUGUGGCAGGUCAACCAGACAUCCUCCAACCCCAAACCCUACUUGAGCUGGCAGUGUCACACUAAGGCCUGCUGUGACUUUGCCUUCAUCACAUCGUCCAGUCUGAUCGCCACAGCUGGACAGUCCAAUGAUAACAGAAACGUCUGCUUGUGGGAUACUCUGAUUUCACCGAGCAAUACCAUAGUCCAUGCAUUCCCCUGCCAUGAAAAUGGAGCCACUGUGCUUCAGUAUGCUCCCAAACAGCAGCUGCUGAUUACAGGAGGCAGGAAGGGCUUUGUGUGCGUGUUUGACAUUCGCCAGAGGCAGCUGUUGCACACUUUCCAGGCCCAUGACUCGGCUAUUAAAGCCCUCGCACUGGAUGCCUACGAGGACUUCUUCGUCACCGGCUCUGCAGAGGGCAACAUGAAGGUCUGGAAGUUGGCCGGUCAUGGGCUCAUGCACUCUUUUAGCACCGAGCACGCCAAGCAAUCGAUCUUCCGCAACAUCGGUGCAGGAGUGAUGCAGGUGGAGACGUGUCCUGGAAACCGCAUCUUCACCUGUGGAGCCGAUGGAACCCUGAAGAUGAGGGUCCUCCCCGACAGCUACAACCUCCCCGGCAGCUUGGUCGACAUCCUGUAAAGGGACUUAAAGGAAGAAGGAAAAAAAAAAACGAGUCGAAAAUAGCUUAUGUAACACUCUUUAGGUGUUCGAUAGUAUCUUUGCUGGGAAACGGCGCUAGUCAGAAGAUCCCCAUGCUUUUGGCAUGUAUGAGUGUGCAGUGUUUAUUGGUUUACCGUUGAUGUAAAUCAUUUCCAGAGUGAAAAACGGGGCUGCAAACACGUUUUUCCACCCCAGAGGCUGAAUUCAAGAAGCUGACGGUGCGUCAUACUUGAUUUUAAAGCUAGAUUUAUUGUAAUUUUAUUGACCAAUCUCUACUCAUAGAGCGUGUCCAUAGGAAAGCUAUGCAUGUCCUGUUCUCGUUCCGCAGUGCAAUCACAGGUCUAUUGAUAGUGCUCUGUCAAAGUGCUCAAGCAAAAAUUUUAAAAAAGUGUGUAACUGUUGUCAUUUUGUGCCCACGACUGAUAUCUCUUAGCAUUUACUGUAACCAGCACUGUGGUUUGUUAUUAAGUCAGUGGUUUCCAGUGUGAAUCAAGUUGUUGGAAUCUGCUUUUUUUCUUCUGUUUUUAAGGUUUUUUUAAUCCCUCGCCGCCUACAAACAUCCUCCCAUCUCUGCUUUUUUGCCCGGCUUUUUCAAAGCCUUUACGGAAGAGUUGAUGAUGGCAUUGCUCCCAUUUUCCCCCUUUACUCCAAUUGGUGUAUCUCUGGCUGCUCGUCGCUCGCUGUGGCCUCUCCUGGUCGGGGUUUGAGCGGGCCAACCCCCCCCCCCUCUCCCCCUGUGUCUGCCGUCAAUGCGCCCGCCUGCCUGCCCUUAAUGCCUGUUUGUGUGGCAGACACACUGCUAGAACAUUCCUGUCCGGAAAUAUGAUGCGUUUUACUGUGGCUGUGAUUUCAAUGUUUUCGUCUGUCUGGUCCAAAGCAAAACGCCCCACCCAGAGAGGAGACGCAGAGGUUUACCUCUGCCUUUUUGUUUUGUUUUUUGCACAAGAAAAUCGGAAAACUGUGUGCUGUUUUAAUUCUGUCAAUUUUGUUAUUUAAAUUAUUAUUGCCUUUUAUUUUAGGAAUGUAAGGGGUUUUACUGUAUCUGACUGGGAGAUGUGCAAAACAGCCUUCUGUAUGUAAGUGUGUGUUCAUUUGCUAGUUGUUUUUAUCCAUAAGGAAUAGAUAUUUGCACUCAAAAUUCUGGACACACUAAGAGUUUAUUUGAAAUCUAUAGGUUAUUAAAGAAGAAACUGUUCUAUACAAAUGAAUGUCUGGCUUUAUUUGGCCUAGUAGUGAAGCGUUUAAAAUAGUUUUAUUAUACGAAUUAUAUAAAUAUAUAUAUGAAUUACCACAACAGCUUGUACAAACAUUAAAGCGUUACUUUAUUUUUGGUUUGUAUCAUACCAGUUGGAUUAGUUGUAACUUUUUGGUUAAGUGUAUGUUUGGUAUUUAUUAAAGCGACUUGUGUUUCUCUCCCU